AUGGAUACGAUCCACAGCCAAUAUGGAGCGCAACCAGAUAGUCGCGAAUCACCCGCACUUGGUCGUCAAAGUCAAGGCUCACCGACCAGCUCCGGAAAACAGACACCAUCAUCGGAUGGAAAAUCCGAUGAUGCACAAAAAACUACUGAUGAACCAGCGCCUGUGCGAAAAACAGCAGGAUUGUCACCGAGAAGAAGCACUAGCGAAUCAUCAGGCGAGCAAUCACCGUCCAUUGCGACAAAGUCACGAUUCACUUGCACGAAGGUCGAGGAACCGAAAAUCAUCUUUCCAUCGCAUCAUGGUGAAUACAUGUUCAGAAGACUGUUCAUGCGGAAGCAUUAG